AUGUCAUCACGAUAUCUACUUAUGACACAAGUUAGCCCGCUUGAACAAGUCAAAGACCAGGUUGUGAAAGAGGUCUCAAUAUCCAUGCAAGGUGUAUGGUCAUCCAUUGCAUUCCAUAUGUGUCAUUACCGAGACGAUCUUGAUGAGCUCAGCGCAGGCCAGCCCCCAGCUACUACAUCCAAUCUGACAAAUCUACCUGAAUGGAAGCGAUGGGAAUUAGGUGCCAUAUUGGCCCAUCCUACCGAUUGGCGCCGCCCAAAAUACACCAAUCUUCCAGACAGGGCGGAGAUGCGAGCCCAAAACCCCGGUGGCGGUUAG